AUGCGCCGCCUCCCGCCCGUCCCCCGCCCCGCCGCCGCCGUCGCCUCCACAUCCACCCCGGACAUCGUCGCGGAGCUCGGCCGCGUCAUCUCCACGCGCCGCUGGAACAAGGGCCGCGCCUACAAGCGGCUGGCCCCCUCCGUGACGGCCGCGCACGUGGCCGCCCUCUUCCGCACCCCGGUGUCCCCUCUCGACCCGGCCACCGCUCUGGCCUUCUUCGAGUGGGUCGCGCGCCGCCCCGGGUUCCACCACACCGCCGCCUCCCACGCCGCGCUGCUCCAGCUCCUCGCCCGCCGCCGCGCGCCCGCUAACUACGACAAGCUCGUCGUCUCCAUGAUCAGCUGCUCCGGCACCGCAGAGGACAUGCGCGAGGCCGUCGACGCAAUUCAGGCAAUCCGUCGAGUGGGUGGUAAGCGACUCGUGCUGUCCCCAAAGUGCUACAACUUGGCGCUCAGGUCGCUGUUGCGAUUCGACAUGACCGAGCAUAUGGGGAAGUUGUACUCGCACCUCGUGCAGGAGGGAUUGUUGCCAGACACAGUGACUUACAACACUAUGAUCAUGGCAUACUGCAAGAAGGGCAGUCUCGCCAUAGCGCACCGGUAUUUCCGUCUGUUGAGGGAGUCUGGGAUGGAGAUGGAUACAUGCACUUGUAAUGCAUUGUUGCUGGGGUACUGCCGAACAGGUGACUUGAGAAAGGCUUGCUGGCUGCUUAUGAUGGUGCCACUGAUGGGUUGCAGGAGGAACGAGUACUCCUACACCAUUUUGAUUCAGGGGCUCUGUGAAGCACGGUGUGUACUGGAGGCACUUGUGCUUCUGUUCAUGAUGUGUAAGUCAGGAAGGAUGGAGGAUGCAUUGGGGAUUAAGGCACUGAUGGAACGAAAUGGGUGUAAUCCAGAUGACUGGACAUACAACAGUCUGAUUUAUGGCCUAUGUGGUGGGAAGCCAGACGAAGCCGAAGAAUUGCUGAAUGGCGCUAUUGCGAGGGGCUUCACACCUACAGUUAUCACAUUCACUAACAUCAUUAAUGGGUAUUGCAAGGCUGAAAGGAUUGAUGAUGCACUCAGGGUAAAGAGGUGCAUGAUAUCAAGCAAUUGCAAACUUGAUUUACAGGCAUAUGGAGUGUUGAUCAAUGUCCUCAUCAAGAAGUGUAGAUUAAAAGAGGCUAAAGAGACGCUGAACGAGAUGUUUGCAUAUGGUUUAGCUCCUAAUGUUGUCAUCUACACCUCUAUAAUUGAUGGGUAUUGCAAGGUUGGGAAGGUUGUUGCUGCACUAGAGGUCUUCAAAUUGAUGGAACAUGAAGGUUGCCGUCCAAAUGCCUGGACUUACAGUUCUUUGAUAUAUGGGUUAAUUCAGGAUCAAAAGCUUCAUAAGGCAAUGGCUUUAGUAACUAAAAUGCAAGAGGAUGGGAUAACUCCUGGUGUUAUCGCUUAUACUACUCUGAUUCAAGGCCAGUUAUUUGAAAUGAUGGAGCAGAAUGGCUUGAUACCUGAUGAGCAAGCAUACAAUGUCCUAACUGAUGCACUAUGCAAGUCUGGAAGAGCUGAAGAAGCUUAUUCAUUUCUUGUCAGGAAGCGAGUCGUCCUCACAGAGGUGACAUAUACAUCCUUAGUUGAUGGUUUUAGCAAGGCAGGCAAUACUGACUUUGCUGCCGUCCUUAUAGAGAAGAUGGUCAAUGAGGGUUGUAAGGCAGAUUCGUACACAUAUAGUGUACUGUUGCAGGCUUUAUGUAAACAAAAAAAGCUGAAUGAAGCUUUGUCUAUACUGGAUCAGAUGACCCUAAGUGGAGUCAAGUGUAACAUUGUUGCUUAUACAAUAAUUAUCAGUGAAAUGAUCAAAGAAGGGAAGCAUGAUCAUGCUAAGAGCAUGUUCAAUGAAAUGAUUUCAUCAGGACAUAAGCCUAGUGCAACCACAUAUACUGUAUUCAUUAACUCGGACUGCAAGAUAGGUCGAAUAGAGGAGGCUGAGCAUCUAAUUGGGGAAAUGGAAAGAGACGGUGUCGCACCUGAUGUGGUAACCUAUAAUGUAUUCAUUAAUGGCUGUGGGCAUAUGGGAUAUAUGGAUCGUGCAUUUUCUACUCUGAAGCGCAUGAUAGAUGCAUCAUGUGAGCCAAAUUACUGGACUUAUUGGCUUUUGCUCAAGCAUUUUCUAAAAAUGAGUUUGGUUAAUGCUCAUUAUGUAGACACAUCUGGCAUGUGGAACUGGAUUGAGCUGGACACAGUUUGGCAGCUUCUUGAAAGGAUGGUGAAGCAUGGCUUAAAUCCUACAGCAGUGACAUACAGUUCUAUCAUUGCAGGAUUCUGCAAAGCAACACGUCUAGAAGAAGCAUGUGUGCUUCUUGAUCAUAUGCAUGAAAAAGAUAUAUCUCCCAAUGAAGAGAUAUACACAAUGCUUAUCAAGUGUUGUUGUGAUAUCAAGCUCUUUGAAAUGGCCAUGUCAUUUGUUACCGACAUGAUAGAAUUUGGGUUUCAGCCUCAUCUCGAGUCCUACCACUAUCUUAUUAUAGGCCUCUGUAAUGAGGGGGACUAUGACAAGGCUAAAUCACUGUUCUGUGACUUACUAGGAAUGGACUAUAAUCAUAAUGAAGUUGCAUGGAAAAUUUUGAAUGAUGGUUUGCUCAAAGCUGGCCAUGUGGAUUUGUGUUCACAGUUGCUGUCUGCUAUGGAGAAUAGACAUUGUCGGAUUGACUCUGAGACAUAUUCAAUGGUGACUGAUAACAUUCAUGAGGCUUCUGGCAGUGUGGUUAAUGAACUGAGAGGAGAAGCUGCCUGA